AUGGAAGAACUCGGAAUCCUCCCCACACCAGCGUUGGCCCUCCCCCAUACCAAAUCAUCCAAGGACACGCCGUACUCAACCACCGCAGGUUUGCAUGACGACGAUGUGUUCUUGAAAUUGAAGAGAUUGCAGAAAGACUUGGAUCUUCUCCGGUUACAGGAAAAUUACGUCAAAGAUGAACAACGCCACUUGAAGCGGGAAUUGGCACUUGCACAGGAAGAGGUGAAACGGAUUCGGUCUGUUCCGCUUGUCAUUGGCCAAUUUUUGGAGCCAAUCGAUGAGAAUUCGGGCAUUGUGUCCAGCACUACGGGAUCCAACUAUGCGGUCCGUAUUCUCUCCACGUUGGAUCGCGAAUUAUUGAAACCAUCUUCUUCGGUGGCUUUGCAUCGUCACUCGAACGCUUUGGUCGAUAUCUUGCCUCCGGAGGCUGAUUCGUCCAUUGCAAUUGUAGGAGAUAACCAGAAGCCAGACGUCACCUAUGCAGACGUGGGUGGUUUGGACAUGCAGAAACAGGAGAUCAGAGAGGCUGUGGAGUUGCCCUUGACCCAGGGUGAUUUGUACUCGCAAAUCGGUAUUGAUCCUCCUCGUGGUGUGUUGCUUUAUGGCCCUCCAGGUACUGGUAAAACCAUGUUGGUGAAGGCUGUUGCAAACUCGACCACUGCAUCAUUCAUUCGUAUCAAUGGUUCAGAGUUCGUCCAGAAGUACUUGGGUGAGGGUCCUAGAAUGGUCCGUGACGUGUUCCGCUUGGCCAGAGAAAACUCUCCUGCUAUCAUUUUCAUCGAUGAGAUCGACGCCAUUGCCACCAAGAGAUUCGAUGCUCAGACCGGUGCUGAUAGAGAGGUUCAGAGAAUCUUGUUGGAGUUGUUGAAUCAAAUGGACGGUUUUGACCAGACCUCUACCGUGAAGGUCAUAAUGGCUACUAAUAGAGCAGAUACAUUGGAUCCAGCCUUGUUGAGACCAGGUCGUUUGGACAGAAAAAUCGAAUUCCCCUCGUUGAAGGACCGUAGAGAGAGACGGUUGAUUUUCUCCACAGUUGCAUCCAAGAUGUCGUUGGCGCCGGAAGUCGACUUAGACUCAUUGAUCGUCCGUAAUGAUCCACUCUCCGGUGCUGUCAUUGCUGCCAUCAUGCAAGAAGCCGGUUUGCGCGCCGUCAGAAAGAACAGAUACAUGAUUUUGCAGAGUGAUUUAGAUGAGGCCUACGCCUCGCAAGUGAAGACAGGAACCGAGCACGACAAGUUCGAUUUCUAUAAGUAG